GGCCUGAGUCACAGUGAGUGAAUCCAACGUCAUGAAGAAGGCGCCAAGUCAGUGAUAGGGCGACCAUCUCUACACAGAAACCACACUUGUUCGGCUACCGAGAAAAGGCAAGGCAUUAGGAACCAACCUGGCAAAAGAGACGGCUGCUGUGAACCCAGCACUUGUUGCACCCCACGAACCAGCGCACCCCGAUCCCUUCCCUCACUAGCGAAAAAAAGCGGUGGAGAGUCCAGAACAUCUUCGAGAAACGAGAAAACCAAGAACCCUGUGACAUCCGUGGCCAAACAUGAGCACUGAAGAACCCUCUCUCCAACGACGUGCCUCGCGCAAAUCAGUUGCCUUCACCGACGAGAAGCUUGUAGUCGACGCAGACGGCAGUGUAACCAUGGUUGCUUCCCCGAACGACGAUACCAAAGAGACAGCCAUGUCGCAUACCCCUCGUACGCCGCCUCUCUCCGCCGCUCUCGGUGCCUUUACUGAUGCUGCCUCUCAAGCACCCGCCGCCGCUCCUGCUGAGGAUGCUGACGGGCUCGAUCUCAGACUCAUGAAGAAAAAGAAGAAGGCCAAGGUCGGGACCGCUGAGGGUGACGACGAAGCCGCCGCCCCUGUUGCGGGCGAGGAGGGCAUCGAUCUCUUGCUCAAGAAAAAGAAGAAGAAGGUUCCCAAGGACAAUGAUGACUUCGCCAGGAAGCUCGAGAAGCUUAACAUCGAAGGCAAGGCGGGUGAAGAGGCUGCUCCUGAGUCGGAGGAGCAGGAGGGUGACUGGGAGAAGGGUACCGGCAUCUUCAAGCACGACGAGACCAGCACCAUCAACUACAGCCCACUCCUCUCCAGAUUUUUCGCCCUCCUGUCGCAGAAGAACCCCGACCACGCCUCAACCGGCACCCGCUCCUACAAGAUUCCUCCUCCUCAGUGCUUGCGCGAAGGCAACAAGAAGACCAUUUUCGCCAACCUUGCCGAGAUUUGUAAGCGCAUGAAGCGUGCCGACGAGCACGUCACAGCCUACCUCUUUGCUGAGUUGGGUACCAGCGGUUCCGUCGACGGUUCCAGGCGGUUGGUCAUCAAGGGUCGCUUCCAACAGAAACAGAUUGAGAACGUUCUUCGCACGUAUAUUAUAGAAUAUGUCACCUGUAAGACGUGCCGUUCCCCCAAUACCGAGCUCUCCAAGGGCGAGAAUCGCCUUUACUUCAUUACCUGCAACUCUUGCGGCUCUCGUCGUUCCGUCCAGGCUAUCAAGACUGGUUUCUCGGCCCAGGUUGGCAAGAGAAGAAAGAACAAGGCCUAAACGCCAUGGUUUCUUCGUACAGCAUCGGCUUUUGCUUCGGUCGUUUUUUUGGGUCGGGAUUCAUAAAAGCAACAACGGCGGGGUUUUUUCCUUUCAAUGGGUUUUCGUAUUGCUCGGUAGAGGGAAGCUUUCGGCAGCGCUGUUUCUGGUCGAUAGAUGCUCUUGUUGCUGGUGUUGUUCGACGCUAUUCAACUUUUGUUGGAGGUAGACUAGUCGACCAAAAACUUCCCCACACCCAUACCCCUUUCUUGCCUUGUGGAUAUGACGGUUGACGAUGGGUAUAAGGGGAUGGGAAUGACGAUCAUGACGAACAUAAAGACGGGGGAGAUGGGGCAAACGGAUGACAUGCAUUCGAAUGCUUAGAGGGCAAGGUUAGGUGGUUCAUUCGGACGCAACUGGUCUAGCAUCUUUGUCAACCUAGAAUGUGCGUUAAUCUAAUGCCGAGUAUAACGAAGCGAACGGAAUAUUGAGAGAAGUGGUGCCUGAUUUGAUGGUGUCUUGGUGAUGAUUCUUGAUGAAGCUGCGGGUGGCGGUGUUCUCUGUGCCACCCUUCGAACAGGCGGAAAAAGAAGUGAACGAAAGGGGAGAGACGAGAACCUCGAGGAGGGGAGAAAAGACGACGGUUUUGAUUGUGUGGUUGUCCUCAAUAUGUGAGUCAUUCUAUUGAUCUAUCUACCCAUGCCCCCACUACACUCGGCAACAAUGGCGACGCGAAGACAAUAAGAUGAAUGCAUUGACCUUCUCUCAGCGAGUAAACAAUGGGGAUCUCUGCCGGCUACGUCGUCACUAUCUCCUCAUCUUUGAAUGCACGCUGCGCA